GAUGAGCAUCAGAAGUUGUUCAGCACUUCAAACGAAUACAUUAAUUAUAUUCCCGAAGGAAUAGUCGGCGCGUUACCAUGAGACUGCUAAUUUUUGUGUUCGCCUUAUCGAGCGUUAUCGUCUAUACGAGCGCCAAUAUACCAGAAGACUUAUCACCGACUCUUUCGCCAGAUGAGAGUUCGCGUUUUCGUCGCGAGGCAGACAAUAGCAGGGGUUCAAUAACUCUUCAUGGAACACAACCUUUAGGCGGUCCGGAACGUCAACCUACGUGGGAUCUCAAUGCCAAUGCUAACAUCAUUAACGAUGGUCGCACGUCGGCCGGCGCUUACGGAGGAAUAAAUAAAACACCCGGACAACGAGUUCAGCCACAUUUCGGCGUCCAAGCUGAGAGAAACUACGGCAAUGGUUUCAUCAGAGGUCAAACUCAAUUCCAGCGAGGUCCAGGAGGCAGACUAUCUCCUUCGGUUGGCAUAAACGGCGGUUUCCGAUUCAGGAGGGAAGCGGAUCCUCAAAGAAAUUCGCUAAGUUUUCAAGGAAGUCAGCCCUUAAGCGGUCCGAUGCGUCAACCUACUUGGGAUCUUAACGCCAAUCGUAACAUUNANAACAAUGGUCGUNCAAGUGUGGACGUCUACGGAGGAAUGAGUAAAGUACCCGGACAACGAGUGCAACCGCACGUUGGCAUCCAGGCUGAGAGAAACAUCGGCAAAAAUGGUUUCAUCAGAGGACAUGGUCAACUUCAACCAGGCCAAAGAGGCGGUGUCUCUCCCUCGGUUGGGAUAUCUGGAGGUUAUCGGUUCAGGAGGGAAGCGGACCCUCAAAGAAAUUCGCUAAGUUUUCAAGGAAGUCAGCCCUUAAGCGGUCCGAUGCGUCAACCUACUUGGGAUCUUAACGCCAAUCGUAACAUUCACAACAAUGGUCGUACAAGUGUGGACGUCUACGGAGGAAUGAGUAAAGUACCCGGACAACGAGUGCAACCGCACGUUGGCAUCCAGGCUGAGAGAAACAUCGGCAAAAAUGGUUUCAUCAGAGGACAUGGUCAACUUCAACCAGGCCAAAGAGGCGGUGUCUCUCCCUCGGUUGGGAUAUCUGGAGGUUAUCGGUUCAGGAGGGAAGCGGACCCUCAAAGAAAUUCGCUAAGUUUUCAAGGAAGUCAGCCCUUAAGCGGUCCGAUGCGUCAACCUAGUUGGGAUCUUAAUGCCAAUCGUAACAUUUAUAACAAUGGUCGUUCAAGUGUGGACGUCUACGGAGGAAUGAGUAAAGUACCCGGACAACGAGUGCAACCGCACGUUGGCAUCCAGGCUGAAAGAAACAUCGGCAAUAACGGUUUCAUCAGAGGUCACGGUCAGCUUCAACCAGGCCGAGGAGGCCACGGUGUCUCUCCCUCGGUUGGGAUAUCUGGAGGCUAUCGGUUCAGGAGAGAAACCGAAGAUAUUGAUGUCGACGAAGAGGAACCUAUCGAAGAGUAUUAAAACUUAUAUGAAUUAAUAUUAAAAUACAUACACAUAACUUUAGAAUUUGUUUUUUAAAUUAAUUUUUUUUUCAUGUUAGUGAAUUUAUUUAUCUGUUAUGUAUAAACUUUAUAUGCGUGUAAGAUUCUUUUACACUUUUUAUAAAUUAUAAUUCUGAAGAGGCUAUUUUACGAAAUAUUAUUUACAUAUAUUAAAUACAUGU